UUUACAGAGCAAGUGGGGGUGACGCGGGGGGGGUCCGGCGCAGCGCGAUACGGGAUCAGGGAUGGCACCUUAAACAAGCUGGAACAAACUUUUAUCAGCAGGGCUGCGCGCUCAGAGCCCGGACAGGCUAAGAACGGACACCCAGCCAUGCCGUGGAGUGGCGACCCGAAGUAGGCUUUUCCUCUCCGUGGGGUUUCGGUCUGGGGUGGGAAGUUGCCGCGUUAGGGAGUUGCGAUAUUUUGGCUGCUUGCUUUAUUUUUUUUUUUAAAUUUAAUUCCGCGUUAAGCGGUAAGGAUAAUGAGCGACGUCUCAGACGGCGAGGAGCCGACCUCAGGGAAAAGGCGGCGCACGUCCCCGGGGCCCGGGCGCUCGCCCCCGCCGGCCAAGGCCGCCCGGGUGGACGGGUCCGAGCCGGAGUCGGCGCUCGCACCCCGGGGCGAGAACGGGGAGCCGGAGGCGAGAGCCGGGGCGGCCGAGGCUGAGCAGCUGCCUGGGGAGCGCGCCUCGGCCGCGGCUACCUCGGCAAACGAGGAGCGGAAGGGCGGGAGCGCGCCUUCUCCUUCCUCGGCCGGCGGGGGCGCGCCGGUCCCUGCGAGCAGCUGCGGCGGCGGGGGCGCGCCUUCCUCCUCCGAGGCGCCCGGAGCAGCGGCGGCCCCCGGCGGGAGCGCGCACCUUGAAGAGCCCUCUGACUGGGCGGCCAUGGCGGCGGCCGAGGCGCUGGCCAGCCUGACGGGGGCCGGGAGGGGGGGAGGGGUGCAGGCCGAGGCGCAGGAGGGGCCAGGCGGCGACGACGACGACGACGACUCCAGCUCUCCGGCGCUGAAGAGGCAGGGAGGCGGGAGUGGGGUGCAGCCAGGGAGCCCCACUCCUCCAGGGGCGUCUGCUGCAGGCCCGGGCGGAGAGGGGCGCGAGGAGGGGGGCGAGCCGGCGGCGGACUCGCCCGGCGGGCCCUCCAGCCCUCCUCCGCGCUGCCAGGAGGACGCCGAGUGCGCCAUCGUGUCCGUCAAGGUGGUGCCCGAGACGCGGCGCUCGGUGGCUCUGCUGGCCCGGGUGCAGGGGUCGCUGGAGGCCAUCGAGCGGCGCGCCGCCCGGGUGUACCGCCGCAUGGAGCUCAAGUUCAACUCGCUGCGGCGCCCCCACCUGGAGGAGCGGGGCAACAUCAUCCAGACCAUCCCGGGCUUCUGGGUGACGGCCGUAUCCUUGACAGCGCCCUCCGCCGGGCACACGCGUCGCACACGCGUCGCCUGCUCGCGGUCCUCGGCUCAGAAUGAGGGCUCCUCUCUCGUGUGCGGGGAAGAGUUGUGUUGGAUUUCUCACCUGCAUUUCCUUUCCUGGCUUUGGCUCGAUCGCUCGCUGGUGGAGCCUUGCAAGGAGCCCAAAAGCUUAGAGUUCAAACCUUUAAAAGGGUUUUGGGGGUGUGGAACACGCUACCCAGCCUCGGUGUUUGAGGCCGAUACCCUGGCUUCUCUCAAGCGCUGGCUGGGUCAGACCCUUGGGAGUGAGCUCGUGUCCCUCUCCCAGCACCGCUUUGACAAGGCUCGUUUUCGGGACGGAGGGCCUCUCCAGGUGGACGGCUUCAAGAGCAGCAGGAUGGGCUAUAGGAUCUGCUUCCAGUUCAGCAGAAACCCCUACUUCCAGAAUAACUUCAUCGUCAAGGAGUUCCACGUGGGGGAGGGAGGAUCCUUGACGUCCUUGUCUAACCCCAUCCUGUGGCACCGGGGCAGGAACCUGGCGGCGCUCGGAGGGAUGGCGAAGGGGCAGGGCAGCCAGCGGGUGUACCAGAGCUUCUUCAGCUGGUUCACGGACCACAGCAGCCCCAGCGCCGACGAGAUCGCCGAGAUCCUGAAGGACGACCUGUGGAAGAACCCACUGCGCUACUACCUGACGCCCAUGUGGGAGCUGAAAGAGAACGGAAGAAGUGCGGACAAAGGCAAAGGCAACGGCGAUGAGUGCGUGGUGAUCUCGGACUCCGACGAAGACGAGGGCGAAGAGGGGCUGUCCCGGGAGGAGGACGAGGAGCAGAGCGCCAGCGAGGAAGGAGAGAGCGUGGAGGAGAGCGAUGGCGAAGGAGAGGUGGUCAUUGACGGUGAGUCCCCUCCG